CGCCCCCCCUCCUCCUCCGCUCCCUUGCCUUUUCCCCCCUCUCCGGACCCCGAAUCGCAUCGUCGUCAUCGGCUCCGAGACUGCCCGCCCGGCUUCGCGCACCCCCGCCCGGGCACGCUCGCUCCAGCUGUCUUUGAGGUGCCCCCUCAUCGAGGCAUGGGAGUAACUCAAUCCACACUACCGGCGUCGGCUUCGGAGGCUGAUCCCCAGGUGGCAACGACGUCCCCCCGCGUCGGCCAGACUUCUGUCCCCCCCAUCAACAAUCCCCCUAGCUCCCCCUCUCCCGCGGCCAUCCGGCCGCCUGUCGUCGCCACCGCCCCCACCGCCCCAUCACCCGCCGCCUCCGCGUCGCCGCCCGACACCGCCGACACCUCUGCGAGCUCCGCCGCCGGUCUGCCCCGCGACCACUCGGACCUCGACGCCGACACGCCGCCCGCCUCGCCGGCCCCCUGGCACCAGGCCGCCCCCACUUCGGGCGCCGCUGCUCCGGCCACGCCCUCUCCGGCUGCCCCCCCGGCUCCCGGCUCUCCGGGCUGCUCCUCCUCCUCCUCCUCCUCCGGCCUGGGACUCGGCAUUGUGAGCCCCUUUGCUCCGCGGUCGCCCACCCUCCUGGCCGACUUGCGCAUCCCCUUCCCGGCUUACUCGCGUCUGGGUGCCUCACCGCUCCUGGCCUCGCUCGGCAUCACGCCCCCCCGCCAGAUCGCUGCCCCUGCCGGCACCCUGCCCGGCCCGUCGCCCCACCCGGCCCCGGCCUCCGCCCAGAGCGUCGCUGGCGGCACCCCGGCCAGCCUCGCCAUCCCCCCGCCGGCCGACGCCCGGCGCGCCCUGCCCCCCGCGAGCCCCGUCACCGGCAUCGUUCCCCUGCCGGAGCCCGCCCCGCUGGCACCCACGGCCGAGCCGUCGCCCCUGCUCACUUCCUCCCUCUCCUCGCUGGCCCUGCAUCCUGGCCCCCCCGGCGCGGCCUCCUCCACCGACGCUGCCCUCCCUCCCGGACCGUCGCCCCUGAUUCGCCACUGCUCGGUGCACUGUCGACACGCCGCCGGCCCCGCCUCUUCGCCCUCCCCGGACAGCCUCCCCUCGGCCGAGGGACCCUCCUGCAUCGCCCUGAGCAUGGCUCGCCGCCGGCCGGCGCGUUCCCGCCGGGCCCACCCCAAUGACACCUCCACCACGGCCUCCCCCUCCCCGAGCCCUCCGCUCCCGGCGGAGGAGCCCUGCUCCCCGGGGCCCGCUGCUGGCCGGCCACCGACCGCUGCCCCGUCCGCCGGCCCCGAGGCCGGGCGAUCGCCCGGCCACAACACCAUCCCGGACCCGGGCUUCUCCCUGUUGAACAUUUCCCCGGAUCUCCUCGGGCCGCAAAAGUGCUGGGCCACCCUGUCCUAUGAGAUCCCGCCGCCGGCCAGCCCCGAUGGCGGCGCCUCAUCUGCCAACUUGCGAACCCCCUUCCCCCGGGUGUCGCGCUCCCUCUUCUCGACCCCGACCGACUCGUGCUGCGGGUGCCUGGCUCCGGGUGCCGACCCGGUGCCUGUCCUGGCCGGGCUGUAUUCCGGUGUUUCGGCCACCGGGCACACCCUGAAUGAUGGCUGGCUCCUUGGGGCCGAUGGCAUUUGGACCCAGCUGCCCCUGGAGGAUGCUCCCUCGUACCCCUGCCCCGAUGCCCCGAGCCUCUAUGUCCCGGGGCUCAAGUCGGCCCUCUUCCUCGGCGGGGCCGUCAGCCAUGACGAGCUUCAGACUCGCACCCAGCAAUCGGCUGACCACUCGUCGCUGCAGAACCGGCUCCCGGCCAACUUCGCCAAGCUCCACCUGCUGGAUCUGGAUGGCGAGUCCCGCGGGCGCUGGUCCGUUCGGGACACCCAGCCCGCCGGGCCGACCCGGUCCAUCCCCUCCCCGCGCUACGGGCACUCGACAUGCAUGCUUGAUGACACCCAGGCGGUGGUGCUGUUUGGGUAUCAGUACACCACGCCGGAGGCCGCCGGGCCGGCGACUUGCCCAACACGCGGGGGCACUGCCACCGGCGCCGGCGCCGGCGCCACCGCCACCGCCGGCUCGGCCGAUGGCGGCCUCCUCCACAGCAGCCCCUACUACUAUGCGUCGGAUGUGGCGGUCCUCGACACGGCCACCUGGCAGUGGACCACAGCCCAGGUGGCCGGCAGCGGCGGCCCGGAGUCCGCGCCGAAGGAGCGCACCGCCUCGGCCGUGGCCUCCUUCAACAACCAGCGCGUGUGGGCGGACAUCGCCCCGGCCGGGAUGACUCCCGGGGAAUCGGCCUCGCGGCCGCCCGGCGGCAGCAUGGCGGCCCCCCCGAUGCCGGGCUGCAUCGGCGGCACGGUGCAGCAUGCCUCCGGGGUGGUGAUCUUCGGCGGGCGCGCCUCCACCGGCGCCCCGCUCAAUGACCUUUGGCUGCUGGACACCAGCACCGGGAUCGACCACCGCCAGGUGGCCGGCCGGAAGGCCGGGCCCUCGGCCGGUGCCGGGCCCCCGGCUUCGGGCUCCCUCCGGGCGUCGUGGAUUCGGCUGUGGUCCGGCGGCAAUGUCACCUCCAGCAUCGAGCACAAUGCCCCGACCCCGCGGCACUCGGCCACGGUCUUCGUCAUGCCGGGCGGGUGCAGCAGCUGCGGCACGGCCUGCGUCAUCCCCCCCUCGGCCAAGACCGACAGCCCGGUGCAGGAAUACUGGCGCCAGACGGCCGGCGACAUCUAUGUCUUCGGCGGUGUGGAUGCCAGUGGCUGCCAUCUGAGUGAUUUGUACCGCUUCAGCCGGCGGACCAUGAGCUGGACCAAGCUGGCCAGCGGGAUUUUCUCCCAGUCCAGCAUGUCCCCCAUCUCCAAGCCCUCGCCAUUGUCCUCCUCGCCGGCUGGGGAUGCCGGCCGGCAUGGGCGCCUCCCGGCCCUGGAUGGCACCCCGCCGGCGCUCAAGCGCCGUGGCAGCACCAGCAGCGCCUUCUCCAGCCCGGCCUUCGCCAUCACCCGCCUGCCCUCCAACGGGCUGCUGGUCAUCUUCGGGGUCUUCCCGACCGCAGUGGUCAUCGACCCCUACCUGGUGGCCACCGGGUCUCCCUCGCUGGCCUCGCCGCGCUUCCUGUCGGGCGCCACGGCCCCCUUCAACAGCUUUGUCCUGGCCUCGCGUUUGCCGAUUGCCAGCCCCUCCUGUCAUAGCUCUCCCCUGUCGGCCACCUUCGAGGUGCUGGACCACCCGACGCCCUUGGUGGCGGCGGGGCCCUCGGCGGCCACGGCUCCGCCGACCCCGCGCGCCGACCCGGACUCCCGGCGGUCUGGGUCUUCCUCCACCCCGGCCCCGGCGGACGAGGCGAUCGGCCCGACCACCAGUGCCGCGGCCGAGGUCAUUCGCCAGUCCCAAAGCCGGUCUGUUUGGAAGGCCUGGGGCCUGUCCAGCCCGGCCCCAGUCCGGUCCCGGUCUACCGGCGGGCUGACGCUCUCCACCCAGGCCACCGCCUCCUCCUCCUCCUCCUCCUCGCAGGGCGCUCUGUCCGACGCCGGCACCGCCGACCGGCCGCCUUCGAUGAACCUCCACUCGCCCCGGCCACCGGGCACCCCGUCGCCACUGCAGGAGGAGCUCCUCUCGCGGGUUUCGCACCUGGAGCGCCAGCUCUUCGAUGUGGCUCUGGCGUUGGGCCUGUUGCCGGCGGCGGCCACGACGGCCACCGGCAGCCCCAGCCAGCUGCCGGGCAUCGGCGAGCUCCUGGAGCCAUUGAUCACCGAGUACUCGACGCACGAUCUGCUGGGUGGGGCCCACGGGUCGCAGGCGGCCCCGCCGGCCGGUGCCGCCCCCUCCACCGCGUCCGCCCUGGUGGCAGCUGCCCAGAAGCUGGUGGCCAAGGCCGCCACCGUUGAGCCCCUGCAGGCGGAGCUGGACCUCGCCCGGUCGCAGGGCGCGGCCCUCGAGCAGGCCCUCGGCCAGUCGCUGCCCUUGCUGAAGAAUGCCACUGCGACCAUCGGCGCCGAGCGUCAGGCCCGCCAACAGGCGGAGGCCCGUCUGGCAGCCUCCGAAGCUCGUGUCCAGAAUCUUGAGGCCAAUUUGGACUUCACCCUGUGUGCCUGGAAGGAUCAGGCAUCGCGAACCGCCACGCGCGUGGCCGAGAUGGCCUCUGCAUUGGAUCUGCCCUGCCUUGAGCCGGCCACCUGCCAUGCUUCCUUUGCGGACUUCGCGUCGGCCCUCGCCGUGCAGGCCCCCCCGGCCGAGGCACCCGCUGUGGAGACAGCUCCCGAGCCGCAGGCGCCGGUCGCCGCCACUGUGGAGACCACCGGCACUGCUAGCGCGGCCGAGGCCGCCGCCUCAGCCGACCCAGAUGCCGAGAGCACUCCGGCCGUCGAUGCUGCCCCGGCUCCUGGUGACACCGCGGCCAGGGACACCUCGACCGGUGCUGACACCGCUUCAGAAGACCCCGCUUCCGCCCGGGAGCCGGAGGCUCAGCAGCCGGCUGCUGCCGACCCUCCGGCCGAUGCCGCCCCGCCCGAGGACCGCAAGGAGGAGGCCACCCCGCCGGUGGAUCUGGAUGACAUUCCCCCAUCCAUGCGCCAUCUGUUCAUGGCGCCGGGGGCUGGCCCGGCCGCGCCGCCGGCCGCCGCCGCCGCCACCGGCGAGGAGGAGAUGCCCCUGCCGACCAAGCGCUCGUCCUCCAAGAAGUCCAGCUCCUCAUCGCAGUCCUCUACCAAGGGCGGGGGACGCAGCCGCGGCUCAUCCAAGAAGUCUCGUGCCUCCGUCGUCAACCACUUUGGCUGA